AUGACAAACCAUAGAGCUAUACUUGCUAAAAAGGACGAAACUCAAGCAAUAUAGAGGUCAAAUCAAAGCAUUGUUGACCUAGCUAGUGGGUGCAUGUCAGGUUUCUCCACUCUCAUUAUUGGUCAUCCUCUAGAAGAAAGAGCUUGGUAUAACUUUGUAGAGACUAAUACAAAAAACCUAUCAGAAAGAAGGAGUAAAAAUAAUCAACUUUAACUUUAGCCGCUAGGAUUUUAUAAAGGCCUUGGUCCCCCAUUACUUAAUGCUCCAAUUUCAUACUCUAUUAGCUUUGGUUCAUUUGAAUACGCGAAAUCACUCCUUAAUGUCAGCAAUUAGACUAAGGACUAGAGCUUUUUAGACUUUUUCUAUUGUGGUGCUUUUUCAGGCAUCGUUGAUAGUUUGUUUUCAACACCUAUUGAUUUAGUCAAGAUGAGACUUCAGGUUUAAGUGGAUAACAAGAGCAAUUCAUAUUAUAAAGGACCAAUUGAUUGUCUUUAGAAAAUUGUGAAAGAUUGUGGUAUGAGAGGUCUCUAUAGAGGAUUAUUAAGCAAUAUUAUCAGACAGAUCCCCCUUUGUGGAACAUCUUUCGGAGUUUACUUCUAAAUGAAGAAGAAUUUAGCGUAUUAUCAAAGCUGUGAUGUGAAUUAGUUAGGAAUUUUCUCAAAAAUGAUAUCUGGAUUUACUUCUGGAUUGCUAUGUUGGGUUCAAAGACAUGUAUAGUUCAAAAAUUUUAAUAAAUUCAUCCCUGACGGUGGGAUAGUAAAAUGUGCUCAGCAUAUAUACAGGAAUGAAGGUGGUAUGAGGGCAUUUUGGAGAGGAUUUUCAGCCUGCUCAGUUAGAUCAUCCUUAAACGGAUCUAUUUCAUACCUAGUAUAUGAAUUUUUCCAAAGUUAAUUUAGACCUUUUGUAAAUUGA